AUGACAGACGGAAGUGACUUCGCAGUAGGAGCAGUUCUUGGGCAGCGGAAGGACAAGAAGCUGCACGUGAUAUACUAUGCAAGCAGAACAAUGGAUGAAGCUCAGUGUCGCUAUGCAACUACAGAAAAGAAGCUACUUGCCAUUGUGUUCGCAUUUGAGAAGUUCAGAUCCAACCUGGUUGGGUCUAAGUGCAAAGAUGGGAUCUUCAGAAGGUCUGUUCCAGAGGCUGAUAUUCCAGAAAUCCUUCAUCACUUUCACGGGUCUUCCUCUGAUGCUCACUUUGCCACUUUUAAAACAGUUUCCAAGGUCCUUCAAGACGAUUUUUGGUGGCCUACGAUGUUCAGGGAUGCCCAUGCUUUCAUAUCACGAUGCAAUGCAUGCCAGAGAAUGGGGAGUAUUAGUAAGAAGAAUGAAAUGCCUCAGAACUACAUCUUGGAAGUGGAGGUGUUCAACUGCUGGGGGAUCGACUUCAUGGGACCGUUCCCACCUUCUUACAAGAAUGAGUACAUACUGGUUGCGGUGGACUAUGUCUCCAAGUGGGUAGAAGCGAUUGCCAGCCCAACUAAUGACGCACAUGUGGUGACUAAGAUGUUCAGCUCCAUCAUCUUCACAAAGUUUGGAGUACCUAGAGUGGUCAUAAGCGAUGGGGGAACCCACUUUAUAAACAAGGUGUUCCAGGGAUUGCUAAGGAAGAACGGAGUCAAACACAAGGUAGUAACCGCUUAUCACCCCCAAACGAGUGGCCAAGUUGAAUUUUUCAACAGAGAGAUAAAGAACAUCUUGCAGAAAACAGUCAAUACCACACGUAAAGACUGGUCGCUCAAGCUUGACGAUGCUCUCUGGGCCUGCAAAAUAGCUUACAAGACACCUUUAGAGACCACUUCCUAUCAUUUGGUCUAUGGCAAGGCGUGCCACCUUCCUGUGGAACUAGAGUAUAAGGCAGGUUGGGCUGUUAAAUUCCUGAACUUCGACAUCAAACCCGCCAAGGAGAGGCGAACAGUCCAGAUCCAUGAGUUAGAGAAAAUUAGGCAUCUGGCCUGUGAAAGCUCUAAAAUUUACAAGGCAAAGACCAAGGCAUUCCAUGACAAACAGAUUAUCAGCAGAAGUUUUGCUCUAAAUGAUCAGGUCUUACUUUUCAACUCUAGGGUCAAGCUGUUCCCUGGAAAGCUUAAAUCCAGAUGGUCUGGACCCUUCACCAUCAAGGAUGUCCGACCUUAUGGAGCUGUUGUGUUGCUGGACACAAGAGGAGGAGAGUUUGUUGUUAAUGGUCAGCGCCUCAAGCCUUAUUUUGCUGACACAACCAUCGCUGAAGGUAUAAAAAUACCCUUAAGCGAUCCCUCUCAAGCCUAA